AUGUCUCCAGAGAUGUAUGAUGUGGUGAUAGUCGGCGCCGGUCUUUCUGGCCUGCAGGCGGCUCUUACCGUCCACCAUGAGCGUCUAAGUUACUUGGUUCUAGAGGCACGAGAUCGGGUGGGUGGAAAGACACUGACUCUACGCUCCAACGAAGGAGCCGUGAAGUCUGAUCUGGGAGCUGCCUGGAUCAAUGACACCAACCAAAGUCGCAUGUGGGAACUUGCAAAUGACCUCAAGUUGCACACAUACACUCAAAAUACUGAGGGCGACGUCGUCGUACAGGAUUUUGAUGGAACGCUGGUAAAGUUUCCAUAUGGAUUUGAACAGUAUCCGUCGGGCAAUGACACAGAGUCAUGCAUAUCAAUCCGGGAUUUGGUUGAAAAUAUCUCAACCACGCAGACACCGUCAAUCUUCUCGGCAGGGCCUCAUCGAGAGCGCCUCGACUCCAUUUCUUUCGAGACAUUCCUGCGCCGCGCAAACGUCACAGAAAAGGCGUUUGCGACCGCGCAGGUCUGGACUCACGCUAUGCUGGGUGUUGACCCUGCCGAAGUCUCGGCCUUAUACUUCUUGGAAUAUUGUGCCGCCGGAGGAGGGCUGAUGACCAUGCGUUCAGACUGCAAGGAUGGAGGCCAAUACCUUCGUAUUCAGGAGGGAACUUCGGCAUUUGCGGAAGGCAUGGCACGAAAACUGAAGCCCGGGUCGAUCAGGCUGGACAGCCCCGUCGAAGGAAUAGAUCAACAGCAGGACAAGACCAUCUUGAUCUCAACAAGAGGGCCCUCGCCGCAAGUAUAUCGUGCUCGCAAAGUCAUCCUCUCAAUUCCGACACCAGUGUACAAGACCAUCAGAUUCUCACCAUUUCUACCAGCAGCAAAAAGUGCAGUUGCCAACCACACCCGCUAUGGGUUCUAUACCAAGUAUAUCGUCAGGUUCAGCAAGCCCUUUUGGACAGAGAGCAACCUGUGCGGUCUAGGACAAUCAUUCGUUGGACCUGUGUCGGUCUUCCGGGACACUAGUCUGGGCGAGGAUGCUUGCAUGACGUGCUUCAUUGGCGGCAAGUUCGGGAGGAAAUGGGCAGCACUAGAUGCCGAGCAGAAGAAAGCGUCGGUGCUGAAGCAGAUCGGUGCCAUAUUUGCAGAUGGACAGGACGUCCGCCCUCUCUUUGUAGAGGCUUAUGAGUCGCCAUGGAUGGACGAGGAGUUCUCAGGUUGGGGCUGCCCAUGUCCUGCGAUGCCACCAGGUGUUCUUGCCGACGGGUGGGAAGCGUUGUGCGCACCAUUUGGGAACAUUCAUUUCGUCGGCACAGAAUUGAGUACCGUCUGGAGAGGAUAUAUGGAAGGCGCAGUCAGAAGCGGAGAGAGUGGCGCGAUGGCGGCGAUUGCUGGGCUGAAGGUUGGGCACUCGCCGAACGCAAAGCUGUAG